AUGCAGAAAUUAAAUUGGUUGCCGAUUUCAACAUGUUUCAGACAGGCUGCAGCUAUCACAACCAUCCGCGAAACUAGCUUCCCAGAAUACGCCCCUCAGCCGGACCAGCCAGCUGCCGGUGCAAAGCCGUUAUACCAAAUCGACUGCAUCACGCGACUGCAGUUGACACAGACUGCCCCCGGACAACACGCUGUGAGUCUUAGCUGCUCGCGGAGCAAGCUCUGUUUUGAGCCGUACUUUGCAUGCAUCUAG